GCCGCCGGCGGGGCGGCCCGGCCCGGCACCGCUGGGUGAAGGAGAGGCGCCGCUCCCGGAGAGCCGCGUGCCCGCCGCCAUGAAGAUCUGGACCUCGGAGCACGUAUUCGACCACCCCUGGGAAACGGUCACGACGGCUGCCAUGCAGAAGUACCCAAACCCCAUGAACCCCAGCGUGGUCGGAGUGGACGUCCUGGACAGACACAUUGACAGCAGCGGGAAACUGCACAGCCACAGACUGCUGAGCACCGAGUGGGGAAUCCCAUCCAUUGUGAAAUCGCUCAUUGGCACCAGCAGAACGAAGACGUACGUCCAGGAGCACUCCAUCGUUGACCCACUGAAAAAAACAAUGGAGCUUAAAUCCAGUAAUAUUUCAUUUACAAACCUCGUGUCAGUAGAUGAGAGGCUCGUCUAUAAACCACACCCUCACGAACCAGACAAAACCGUUUUGACACAAGAAGCAAUAAUAUCUGUGAAAGGUGUCAGUCUCAGUAGUUACCUCGAGGGAUUGAUGGCAAACACGAUUUCCUCCAACGCUAAUAAAGGCCGUGAAGCAUUGGAAUGGGUAAUAAAUAGACUCAAUGCUGAAAUUGAGGAGUUCACAGCUUCAGCAAGAGGAACAAUGAGGAAUUCAAUGGCAGCAGCAGCAUUUGUAGAGAAAUGAUAGUAAAUAUGUUUGUGUUAUUAACAAGGUUUAGCAACCUAAAGCUUCUCUCCAAAAAUAAAUAUAUAUACUCUUUGUUAUUUAAGGGCAUACCUAUGUAUUAGGUAUGGUUCAAGUUUAAUUUGGAGAAAAGCUAAGCUCUUACUAAUGAGGCUGAUUGGCAAAGCUUAAUUAAUAUAUUGGUUCAGCUGGACCGAACUUUGUUUGCAGACAAAGAAAUAAUAUUCAAGUGUAGUUCCUGUAUGUACAUGAACACUAACUUAUAAUACGUUCAGACAUGAAACGGCCUCGUGGAGAGAUGAGGCUGCAGAUGUUGGAGGAGACCGGCAUGUUUGGUUGACUUCUGUGGAACUUUUGUUCUUGUGUAACUUAUGGACUACCUCUUGGGACCAAGCCCAAAAUUAAGCAGAAUGGUUUGUUCCAGCAUUGUCCUAUUUGUGAUGUAUUGACAGUUGUGUGAUACAACUCGGUUUAACAGAAAGUUUAUUACUUGAAGCUUGAAAAACAAAAGAACGAAGAUAAUAUUUUUAUAUGCUUUUUAACUAGUUAGACUAGUUGAGCUAACCUGGUACUCCAUUCUUCUUCAGUCAGCAUAGGUAGAACAUUCAGAAGUGUCUCUUAUCUGCUAACAUCUGAAUUCUGUUCCUAAGUUUGAUGCUGCUGGGCUGGACUCGCAGAAAUGUGAGCUAAAACUUUAUCUUAAACUUAUGGAAUAACUCCAUUUCUAAGAGCCCAUUAAAUAAAGGGGUACAAUAUGCACAGAGCCUUAAAAUUUCAUAAGCUGAUGGCACUUCUGCAAAGAGUAGCUGUUCACUCCAGAAUUUCAAAGAAUCAUGUAAAGGACUAAAAAACAUUGUUGAAGCUGGAUAGAGAUACCUGAGCAUAAACAGAAGUAAUAUUAAGAACACUAACAAUAUACUCGUUAACUUAAUCAUGCUCUGGAAGUGACGUGUUACACGAACACAACAUUUUGUUGUCCUUUAAAUUAAACAUAGUGUUCUAAGUUCCAGAAGGUCCUUUACAUUUUAGGCUUAUUUGCUCACAAAAUAAGGCUCUUUAAAUGAAAACCUCCAGUUUUCUACACUUUUGUUUCCUGGUACGUACUACGGAUUCUUGGUACUGACCUCAGUGAUCAGCUGUGUGAACUUCAAGCUCAGACCCUGCUAUCAGUACUUAAAUAAUACACCAGUUUGCUGGUAGUCCUGUUGACUUCAGUAGAGGCUGCCUGUCCCAUCUGACUCCUUCAGUGUGAAGAAACAAUAGGAAAGUACAGCCCCAAGUCAGCUGGUCCUUCAUUCUGGUGCCAGAGACAUUUCCUGCAAUUUUGAUUCUAAGCUUACAAGUAAUCUCAAGACUCUCAGCCUUUAAGAACUGCAAUGUCACCUGUUCCAGCAUAUUUUAUGUUAUGUUGCAUGCCAUUUCUGUUAUAUGGAACUGCCCAUCGAGUAGUAUCUGCUAUAUAAAAAGCUUAUUUUAAGUGGGAAACUUGGAGAGGGAAAAUAAUGAGUUGGAGAAAAAAAAGAGGUAUGUAUAUAUACACCUUUUAAAAGUUUAACUAGUCUAAAUAUUUUUCUAAAACAAAUGAUUUGAAAAUACCUUUAUAAACUGAAAUUAUUGUGGUUUGUUGUGCUUUUACAGAAGAUUAUCACAGCUGAAAUAGCAUUUCAACUGAAGUGUAUUUGAAACUUCUGCAAAACUGUAAUUUCUGAUUAAAAAAAUGCAAUGCUUGAAAGUGACUUCCAAUGUUUGUUCAGCCUUCAGCAUCACUUUGCCAUUUUAAAGUCAGUUUUAUCUUGUGCUAAUUUUUGUGCGCUGAGGGCCUACACAGUACGAAUUCAGUUUGUCCUUGCACUGAAAAAACUUCAGACUAUUUAAUUUUUGCAAGCAUUCAACAACUUCUUGAAAGAUCACGCUUUUCUUUGUUCUAUUUUAUUUAUAUGCCCGCACUCUCAUUCUUCCAAGGGAUACUGCUUUCUGUACCUGUUUUUUUUAUUUUAAAUAAAACGUUAUCUGAGUUCUGCCCAA